AGAACUGCCGCCUCCACGUGCCUCCUGUUGUGAUGGGCUUUCUCUAGUCAGGCUAGUUAUCGGCUGGCUUCUGUUAAUAUCUGUGCCGAGGUGUAAGUAGAGAAAGAAAUGGCUUCUGGAGAUAUUGCUCAGAUUACAGAGGCGCUGGCCAAAACUCAUGUUGGAGAAGUGGAAUUAAGCUAUAAGGGACAAGGGCUGAAGUUGGACAAUGCUGAGUCAGUGAAAGAGAUGGUGCAGGAGAUCGAGCGGUGUCAGGGACUGCAGUCUCUCAGAUUAGAGGGAAACACAUUGGGGGUUGAAGCAGCACAGGCAAUUGCAAAAUCUCUUGAAGCAAAAAGGGAAUUGGAGCAAUGCCACUGGAGUGACUUGUUCACGGGUCGCCUUCGCUCUGAAAUUCCACCUGCUCUGAAAUCAUUGGGCUAUUCUUUGAUGACAUCGGGGGCCAGACUGACUCUUCUGGACUUGAGCGACAAUGCCUUUGGCCCUGACGGUGUAAAGGGAAUUGAAAGCCUUCUGAAGAGCGCUGCAUGCUACACUUUACUUGAGCUCAGGCUUAAUAAUUGUGGCAUGGGCAUCGGAGGGGGUAUGGUCCUUGCUUCUGCUUUGACUGAAUGUCACAAGCAGUCUAGUGCAGCUGGCUCUCCCCUGAGGUUAAAAGUCUUCAUAGCUGGACGUAAUCGGCUGGAGAAUGAUGGUGCUGCUGCACUUGCCAAAGCAUUUAAGUUGUUGGGCAGUCUUGAAGAGGUCCAUAUGCCACAGAAUGGAAUCAACCAUCUUGGCAUCACUGCUUUAGCCACUGCCAUAAAGCACAACCCAAACCUUCAGGUCCUCAACCUCAACGACAACACUUUUACUAAGAGAGGAUCGAUAGCCAUGGCGGAGGCUAUUAGGCACCUCCAGUGUCUUAAAGUCAUCAAUUUUGGGGAUUGUUUGGUUCGCUCAGAAGGUGCGAUUGCUAUAGCAGGGGCCCUUAGAGAGGGACUGCCAUUCCUCAGGGAGCUGAAUUUGUCAUUUGGAGAGAUAUGUGAGGCUGCAGCUGUGGUAGUUGCAAAGGCUGUUCGUGGCAAAUCUGAUCUGGAGAAACUGGACCUGAAUGGAAAUUGCUUUGGAGAGGAAGGCUGUGAGGCUCUCAGGGAAGUGAUGGAGAGCAUGAACAUGGAAGAUCUGCUGGGCACGCUCAGUGAUGAUGAAGGAGAGCCUGAUGAUGAUGAUGAGGAGGAGGAGGAGGAGGAAGAUGAAGAAGAGAAGGAAGAUGAAGUGCAUACAGAGGAAAAUGGUGUCAAUGGAACAAAAGAUGUAAUUGAAGAAAAGGUGAUCCCAGAAAACAUCUGCAAGCCUGAAUGGACUGCUAAACCUGAACCUGUUUCUAUUUUCCAUCAAAUGAACAAUUUGGAGUUUAUCUGUGUUGUUCUCUUGCCACAGGAGGAGCCUCGCUGCACUUCUGAGCUCACGUCUUUCCUCAUCUCACCGUCAGCUGAGAAACUGAUCUCCCUUGGAGCCAAAAGGAUCCAGCUCAUUGAGCAGCAGGUUGACGUCUCAGAUGCUAGCAAGGUUUCAGAAAUUUUUCUCAAGAUUUCAUCAGUAUACAAAGACGAACCAGAAGUAAAGCAAGCAAUAUUUGAGAGCACUGAUGCCCUGUUGAGGAAAGCCUUUUCCAACUCCCACUCUCAAUCCUAUUCUUUUAUCUCCUCACUGAUAGUGAACCUGGGACUUUUAAAGAGUGAAGAUAAGAAGAUAAAGAAGGUAGCUGUACUGCCUGGACACUUACUUGCUUUGGAGCACGCAGCUGCACAAGAGUUUUUCCCAGCAGAUCAGGCUGAAGUUCUGGAAGAAUUUGUGUCACGAAAUGGCAAAGUCUUAGAAUCCUGCUGCAAUGCCAGAGAUGCUCUCAAGACCACAUUAGUGAAAAGGACCACUGCUUAAUUCUUAAACCCCAUUAUAUAGCCACUGAAAGUACUUAAUACGGGUCAUUCCAAAAAAAAAACAUGACUGGAUACAUGAAACUUUGUUAACUCUUGAUCUAGUUUAUGUAAGAUCUCAGACUGCAAAGCUUGGCAAAGUACAGUGAUGACUAGUGCCUCAUGAUAAUUAACUGAAUUUCCUUACAGAUCAGCUGUAGACAGCUGGCUUGGAAUAAGAGUUUUGUUCUUUCAACUCUUUUUAGUAAUAUUGGUUCUAUUUUUAUACGUGGAAAGGGAAAAUGGGGAAAAAAGGCACUGGAUGAUAAUUAGGGCUUAAUUAUCGCUUAAACCUUAAAUGAUUGUAAUGUUAUAACUGAUAUUUCUGAACAGUUGUCAAUACUUGAACUGUCACAUUGACAUGGAGCCACUAGCAUGUUCACUCUCUCAUGCCUUUUAUUAGAUGUGCCAUAUUGGUGGUGCAGUUUAAACCAAAAUCAAGUCAUAUCAAAAUCUAAAAGUCUUUAGGUUGAAAUUAAGAAGGCAUUGACAGUUAAGUGGAAACAUUUUUGGACAUUAGUAUAUUUAAUGCUACAACUGGUAUGCACUGGAUAUUGUCAUAUUUGCAACAUUCCAUUUUGUUGAUAUUAAACAGUUUUCUUUCUUGGGA